AUGGGCACAGAUGGUGUGCCGAGAUAUCCGAUUUUCAGCAAAGUAUCUGAUUUGUUUGCUGCCCGCGCGCGCCGAACCCACUUCACCAUGGGUAAAGGACAGCCCUCAAAAAAGAAACGAUCAUCCAGCAGUCAAAAUCACGGCAAGCGGCUAAGUAACGCGCGAACACGCAUACGCCCUAAUCCUGGUCCUUCCAAUCAUCUGAAUCGCCGGACAGCCCGCACCUCACAUUUCGACACCCUCCGGAAAGAACUCACAGAAUCUUUAGGUCUUCCCAGCGACUGUCGCAUUUAUUUUCUAAAGAAGUACGACCUGACCAACCUGCCAGACACGCCUCGCCUCAAAAUCACGCACCAAAAUUCUGUUAUCCUGGAUGCCGACACUUGGAAGGUCUUGCAAGUUAUCCGAUUCUCUCCUUUCUCAGAGCUAACUGAGGAGAAGAUGAAUAAAAUGAAUUUCACAAUUAAAACGAUAUACAAUCAUGCUUUAGCCCGAUCUACUGUGAAAGUCAAUCAUGCGAUGAAAGGUAUCAAACAUCCUGGUGAGAUGUAUGUUGCCGGCUUUAGAGGAGCCUCCGACAAAGGACGCAAACUAGGUGUGACAGCUCUCAGUGCGAAGACAUCCAGGACUAUGGAAGCCAUCGCCAAAGACGAAGCAAGGAUGGAUGACUUGGCAAUCAUCAAUGAUACACUCGCAGAGUGGAUGUCCACGCUAUGCAUGCGGGCGUUUCAAUCUAACCUCGAUCUCGCUCUCAAAUUCUCUGUCCCAUCGUUCUCCGACAAAAAAUGGUCUGACUCCCCGAAUGCCAAUGUCAUCGCCUCCAGUAUUGCUGUCACUCGAGAUGGCUUUAAUAACAAUCCUCACCCAGAUUUCGAUGCCACCCCUUAUGCCUAUGGUUUGUUUUCAAGAAUCAAUCGUGCCACAGGUGAACUUCAUUGGGUCGAGUUAUCCGACUAUCUAGGGGACAUUGAAGGCUGUUAUUUCAUCUUGGAUCAAUAUCAUGUUGAGCUGUGUCUCGAUGGAUGUGAUGGCGUUGUUGAGUGCUGUUGGGCAUCGGAUGAACUUCAUCACACCUCGGCUUCAACUACAUACAACGAAGGGUGGAUCCCGAUUCGCCCAAAAGAUUCGCCUAUAACCCGCUUUGGCUGUUCACUGCAAAUCAGUGCCGCUUUAGUUAAUCGAAUUGAUGGACUGCUGAAAAUGAAGGAAGUGCUAUGA